AGGUAUGAAUGUGAGUGUGAAUGGUUGUUUGUCUAUAUGUGCCCUGUGAUUGGCUGGCGACCAGUCCAGGGUGGACCCCGCCUCUCGCCCAAGAUGAUAGAUGAUAGAUGAUUGUUGUUUGAAAGGUUUGCCAAAUUGUUUCUUUAGCUUGUGACUUGUAUGUACUAUUAUUAAACCCUAGAGGGCGGUGCAGCUCUAUCUCAUUGCACUUUUCCAUUGGAUGCAUUCAUGUUCUACACUGCUUUUUCUGUGCAAGAAUAGAGGCCCAGACAGCUCUCCAUUUUAUUAAUCAUUUAACCCACCAUGAGUGCAAACUUUAGCUGUCCAUGAAGGCCCUUUUUGGUGUGAUGCACCAGUGCUUGCUACUAUACAACUAUACUGUAUAUAUUGUUCAUUUUCAUUGAUUUUGCAACCUUGUCUUAUUUCUUCCCGUUAUGUUUACGCCUUCCUGCAGCUCCGAGAAGCUGACAACCUCAACACCAGAGUACAUCCACUCAGACACACCCAAACACAACUUUAUGACUUGGCUGGCAGGCUUGACAGUGAUCUCGCUGCACAUGUGUGAAGGAGCGUCUUCAGUUUCUCCCUCUGCGUCUACACACACACGAGUGAAAGGUUAUUUUGGGUCUUGUGUAGACCACUGUCACCCUGUGCACCCUGCAGGGGAAAUAAUAGGUGGAGUCAAGCAAGCUUUCACCCGGCAGUUCCGUAUCUGUGAUACUAUCCCUGCAAACUACAGCUUUCCUCCCGCAUUACUUGCUUCUUCAUUUGGUUCCAAAAAAAAAAAAAGAUGGACAGUCCUUUGCGGGUUUUGACUGUCCCUACAUCCCCUUACCCCGAUCAGAGACCCGGUACCAACGGCCUGAGAAGAAAAGUGCGUGUCUUCCAAACAAGGAGGAACUAUCUGCACAACUUCAUCCAGAGUAUCUUCUCCUCCAUCGACCUCCGUGACCGCCAGGGUUCCACAGUGGUGGUGGGGGGAGAUGGACGCUUCUUUAACCAAACAGCUAUUGAGGUCGUUGUGCAGAUGGCAGCUGCCAAUGGGGUGGGUCGUCUCAUCGUUGGACACCAUGGGUUGAUGUCCACUCCGGCCAGCUCCUGUGUAAUCAGGAAAUCCAAAGCAAUUGGUGGCAUCAUCCUCACUGCCAGUCGUCACCCUGCAGGGCCUGAUGGAGACUUUGGCAUGAAGUUUAACUCUGCAAAUGGAGGACCAGCCAACGAUGCUGUCACAAACAAGAUCUACCAGAUCAGCAGAACCAUUGAGGAAUUCGCCAUCUGCCCAGGACUCAGACUGGAUCUAACUACGCUUGGUAAACAGACAUUUGAUCUGGAGAACAAGUUCAAACCUUUCACAGUGGAAAUCGUGGACUCUGUCGAGCCCUACGCAAACCUGAUGAGAAACAUCUUUGACUUUGCUGCCCUGAAAGAGCUAUUAUCAGGCGAGAAUCACAUCAAGAUAAGAUUGGAUGCAAUGCAUGGAGUACUAGGCCCUUAUGUGAAGAGAAUACUGUGUGAGGAGCUGGGCUGUCCUGCCAAUUCUGCCAUUAACUGUGUCCCGAUGGAGAACUUUGGAGGUCAACACCCCGAUCCGAACCUCCUCUACGCUGCAGAUUUGAUUGACAGCAUGAGGGAUGGAGAGUGUGACUUCGGUGCAGCUUUUGAUGGUGAUGGGGAUCGUAACAUUAUCCUCGGGAGGCACGGUGUCUUCGUCACCCCGUCUGACUCUGUGGCUGUGAUUGCUGACAACAUCUUCUGCAUCCCGUACUUUCAGCACAGCGGGGUGAGGGGCUUCGCUCGCAGCAUGCCCACAAGUGCAGCCUUAGACAGAGUAGCCAAGGCAACCAAAAUAGAGCUAUAUGAAACUCCCCCUGGGUGGAAGUUCUUUGGAAACCUAAUGGAUGCGGGUCGGCUCUCUUUGUGUGGAGAGGAAAGCUUUGGGACAAGUGCGGACCAUCUUCGUGAGAGGGAUGGGCUUUGGGCUGUGCUCGCGUGGCUGUCCAUCCUGGCCUCCAGGAGACAAAGUGUGGAGGAUAUACUUAAGGACCACUGGCUCAAAUAUGGGAGAAAUUAUUUUACCAGAUAUGACUAUGACAACAUAGACAUUGAUACAGCCUGUGAAAUGAUGGAGGAUCUGGAGCUCCUGAUUGCUGACAAGUCCUUUGCGAAGCAGAGAUUUGCAGUGGAAGAUAAAAUUUACAAAGUUGAAAAAGCAGACAAUUUUGAAUACACAGACCCAGUUGACAGCACCAUCUCCCGGAACCAGGGUCUACGGAUUAUUUUCUCUGAUGGUUCUCGGAUCAUCUACAUACUCAGCGGAACAUGUAGUGAUGGGGCCACAGUUCGGAUCUACCUUGACAGCUAUGAGAAAGAACACAUUUUUCAAGAUGCACAGGUGGUGCUGGCACCGUUGGCAACAAUUGCAGUCAAGAUAUCCCAGCUCCAUCUCAGGACCGGUCGAAACGGUCCAUCUGUUAUUACAUGACUUAACCCGGCAGCGAGAUAUACGUAUAUUACAAUAUUGUAAAAUGCAAUUUCAUAUCCAGAUGUGGCAACAAACAAGCAGUAGGAGGAACUUUGUGCGGUAAUAUAAUAAUUUCA